AUGGUUCGUGUCUCCAUCAUUAAUGAAGUCAAGGAAAGUGAGGUGUUUGCCAUUAUGGCUGAUGAAACUAAAGAUACCAAAAAAAAAGAACAGAUCUCUUUGGUGUUAAGAUAUUACUACCAAGGAGCAGUAAAGGAAAGCUUCUUACAUUUUGAAGCUGCAGAGCACCUUGAUGCUGCAGGACUGACAGAAAAAAUAAUCCAUAUCCUUGAGAAAUAUGGCUUGGAUUACAGGAGUAACCUGGUUGGGCAAGCCUAUGAUGGUGCCUCCGUAAUGAGUGUUGAACUUGUUGGUCAGACUGAGCCAGUUGUUGCCUUAACUGGUGAUGAUGUCAUCCUCCUUUGCUCUUUGAAACCAGCCUCCAGUGCUGUUGAUCAAUCAGUAUUGUGGACCCGACCAGACCUAAUACUUGACCAGGUGCAUUUGUACCGUAACAAACGUGUCUCCAAUGCGGACCAGAAUCCAUCCUACAAAGGAAGGACGUCACUUAGUAAAGAAGAAGAACUGAAGAAGGGCAACAUCUCCUUAAAACUGUCAAGAGUGAAACUCUCUGAUGCUGGAAUUUACAGAUGUUCGGUUCCAUCACUGGGUGGUGUUAAGGAAGCAGAAAUUCAACUAGAUGUUGGAGCUGUAUCUCAGCCAGUCAUCUCUGUUGUGGGACCUAAAGACUAUGGGGUGGUCCUGAAGUGUGAUUCUGGAGGCUGGUUCCCUAAACCUGAGAUGACCUGGGUGGACAGUGAUGGAAACAUCCUCCCUGAUGGAUCUACAGAGACAGAGACAGACUCAGAGGGUCGAUACACUGUGAGAGGACAUGUGACCGUCCAGAAGACUGACAUGUUCACAUGUAGAGUUCAACAGCAGAAGAUCAACCACAAGAUGGAGACAGAGAUUAAUGUCCCAGGUGAGGUC